ACACACACACACACACACACACACACACCACCACUUAUUAUUUCUACUGAAUGAUAAUUAAGUGUCAGAAUAAUAAAGUGGUUCAAAACGAGCACUGAUCUCCAGCGCCCCCUGAACGCAGCACGGAGGCGGCGGCGCAGCCGCGGAGCGCGGCGUGCUGACGUCACGGACGGACACUUGCCACCGCUCCGCCUCAGCAGCAGCAGCAGCAGCAGCAGCCAGAGAGAAACCUCCUCCUCCACCACCACAUCAUCCAUCCAGUCAGUCAGUCAGUCCUCGGGCUGCGUCCUGCACAGCCCCCGGCGGUGGACAGUGGACAGUGGACAGUGGCCACGGGGACGCGCCCCGCAUCGUGCGACCCUGAACUCAUCUGCGCCCUCUCUCCGUCUCAUUGUUGACGCCGUGUGCGUGUUUCUCCCCGGGGCUUCUUCUCGCUGAUCCUCGAGGGAUGGGGGAAUGAUCCGCGCCGACGAGCCCCCGCCUCCUCCUCCCGGUCUUCGUGUCCCCUGACCGUCGUCGCAGCUCUGCCCCAGGAUGCGGGCCCCGCUGCUCGGCCGGGGCGCGAUGCUCGCGGCCCUUGUGGCGCUGAGCACCUGCCUGACAGGCUCCCACCUGUGCCCUCGGAGUUUGGACUGUGCCCGAGCCGGGCGACACUUCUGCCGGCCGGGCAGCUCACACUGCGGCCCCUGCCUGCGCCCCCUGGUGGAGAACUCCCACGGCAGGUGUGUGGUGAAGAGGAGACGGGCGCCGCACGCUGCUCAGUUCGUCAAAGGUAAGAUGAGCGCUUACCCCCAGCUGGACGAGGAGAUUGACUUCCUGUCUGCCGUCAUCAGUGAACAGAGGACAGAGUCCAGGCUGCCAGCGCCACCCCUCCAGGAUGUCCCCGAGCCCGACACCAAGCAGCCCGACGGGCCCGGCUACGAGCACCCUGCGUCGGCCACGGAGCCGCCCUCCGGCCAGAGCGUCACGUUGGCCAGACUGACUCCGCCCGCCGCCAACAGCAGCAGCAGCAGCAGCACCACGAACCACACUCGCGCUCUGCUCAGCGGCCCCCACAUCCUCCCCCACCCCUCCAACGACAGCGUCUUCAUCGUCAUGAGCAGCGUCUUCAUCGUGGCGGGGUCGCUGGCUCUGAUAUUGGCAGGGGCCUGUUGGGUCAGAUUACAGAAAGGUCUGCAUCUGACCCAGAAGGAGGAGUCUCCCGGGCGCCGACUGAUCAGAGCCCAGGCCUUCGACAAUCUGCCUGGGGACAAGAAGCUGGCCCACAGUGCCCAGAUGUACCACUACCAGCACCAGAAGCAGCAGAUGCUUUCCCUGGAGAAACACAGGGAUGAGCCAAAGAUUCCUGACUCGGGAGCAUCAACAGACGAAGAGAACGAGGACGGGGAUUUCACGGUGUACGAGUGUCCUGGACUGGCACCUACGGGGGAGAUGGAAGUGAAGAACCCGCUGUUUGACGACACCCCCCUUUACCUGCACAAGUUCCGCUAGUAGACCGGGACAUUCGGACUGUGUCAAACUCCGGAGAUACUGUGUGUGUGUGUGUGUGUGUGUGUGUGUGUGUGUGUGUGUGUGUGUGUGUGUGUGUGUGUGUGUGUGUGUGUGUGUGUGUGUGUGUGUGUGUGUGUGUGUGUGUGUGUGUGUGUGUGUGUGUGUGUGUGUGUGUGUGUGUGUGUGUGUGUGUGAAAAAGAAAAAAAAGAAAAGAAAGGAAGAUAGUCACAUUUACACACAACAACACGCCCUUCACAUGCACGGCUUGUGCCCGGGCCAGUACCUUUUCACUGGACAGGGUGGAGAGUGUACGGUACCUGGACGAGGAGGAGGAGCGAGGUGUUUGUGGACAUUUGAAGGACGUCACAGGGCUGAUUUCUGGUUGGACGCUGGACCUGAUCUGCCCUUCGUAAGCCUUUUUUUUUUUGUUUGUUACGCCAUCACCCUUUUUCCCCCCUAGUAUUGUUUACAACCUCACAAUUCACCAGUAUCUAAGAACUCCACACAACUGCUGUCAGGAAGCAGACACACUCUCAUUCUAAUAGCGCCGGGCCGCUGCCGGGAACUUCUGUAAGUGGACGGAGAGGUCGCCAUGACUAUCCAUGUUUAUUAAUCAGUAAAUACUCCUUUAUUUAUUGAGUUCUCGCCGCAGGCUUUUGGUUUUAUUUCAAUGUUUUGGGGUUGUUGUUUUUUUUUUUAAGGAGAAGAGAUUUUAAUAUUUAAUGAACACACCUCCUACGCAGCGCCGUGAUCUGUAUCACUGUCAUGUAGCCAUUGUGUUCUCAGUGUAGUAGCUCUAUGCAUGAAUUGAUGAUGCUGUGUAUGGAACAUGAGAGUCAAUAUGCAUUUACAGUUCGGACAAGUUUCUUGUGCAAACUUGCGAUUGAAAUAUAUAUGUAUACAUAUGUUUACAUAUAUACAUACGUAUAUAUAUGUAUGAAUAUAUAUUUAUAUAUAUAUAUAGAUGAACAUAUAUGUAUAUGAACUGAUUUCAAAGGAAUUUGAAACUUCUUUACCUGGAACUCUGAAACAGAGCGAGGCCAUCCUGUACAUAUGGCAUCUGACUGACGUGGCAAGUCCCCCACGGUUUUUGUGAUCUGUAUAAUGCUGCUAAUAUUGUACACGCACGAGAAUCUUACCUCUCACUCGGUGUGUUAUUAUUACACAUGAUGCUCCUCUAGAUCCCCGAGUGCCGCGUGGAACCCUGAGCUGUUCGCUUCCUUCAUCAGUGACCGUGUUCCCACACGGGGGGCAAAGGACAUUGUCAGAAGAAAACUAGUGGCGUUCAGGUUUGGGAAAACAUAACUAAACCCGUCAAAUGUGUCGUGCAUAAUAGUAUUUCAUAACUGACAUGUAAUCCUUUUUGUAGAUGGAGGGCAAAGCAUCUCGCACUGCGAUUUAUCAGACGCGAAACCUGGGACGUGUCAAAUCCUACCGAGUCUUUGUCGGGCAAAAUGCGGCUGAAAGCAUCAUGCUGAUUAAAAUAAAAACCUUUCAGAAUGACGGGUAUGACACAUUUUCAUAAAUUACUAUUAAGAGUAAGCAUAGAGCAUAAUAUCACGCGAUGAAAUAGACCCCACUGGCUACAAAAUGAGGUUGAGAUGAACAAAACUGCCCCUUAAAAUAAAUGUAGGGCAAAUGAUACUAAUGACGUUAGUUCCAGGAGGAGCUGCCAUAUUUCUCAUGAGUCUGCGCCUCUUGAAUCCGGAAAGUUGGCAAUUUUUUUCAAAUUAAACUAAAUACAAAAGUGCUUACAGGCAGACAUGGCAACACACCGGAGCAGUGACGCCACAAUCAGAAAUGUCAUUCAGAUUUUGCCGCACUCAGGACAUCAUUCAUUAUAGUCAUAGUUGGAAUACAAAUUUUUGAGUUGGUACAAGUCAUUUUACUGUGGUAGUUAAAAUAAACAAAAAUCGAAUUCAGAUUUUUUUAAAUAUCAUUUUGCUACAUAUAAUUUAAAAUACGAAACCACAGCUUGAUGUUAUUAUUCCCUUUAAAAUGAAUUGACGCCUUCGGGCCGAUGUGUCCAGUGUGCAGAUAGAAUGAAGCCACCGCAUCUACCGUCCCCCCCCUUGACUCCCAUUUCGGGGGGGCCCGGCGUGACCGAACAAACUUUUAGGAUCACGAUUAACUACAAUGUGGCCCAUAUGACCAGAUCGGACCGACGCAUCCGUAAACGAUAGCCUCUGCUUCUUUCUUUUUUUUCCCUUUCCUGGACCUGCCACCUGCGGUUGCGGCAUAAAAACCUGCAGGAGAGUGGACGGGGCCGUAUUUCGUCGGCUGCUCGUGUUGACCCCCCGCGCGGCGCAGGUCAAAGGUCAUCGUUCACCUUUCAGGAGACUCGCUGAGCUCCGGUGACAGAGGCCGUCGUCUCUCAGGAAAGCUGCUCUCUGUGGCUCCGUCCCUUCAGCCUGCUUGACCUACACACACACACACACACGCGCACACACACACACACACAGUCAUCAUGUAAAAUGUCAACAGCGGAUACCAGGGAGUAUUAGGAUUGCAGGUGUGUAUUCAAACCCACUGUUGCUUGCCUUAUUUAACGGCACAUGGCUCCGCUUUUCUCUCCGCCAGUGCUGAGGGCUCGACCCUCGUCGUGGUCCUCCUCCCUCCGACCGCGAGCCGAGAGCGAGAGUAAGCGCCCGGCCAAACUCUCCUUGACUGUUUUCAGACUUGCAUAUUAUUGUUGAAGUUCUUAUACACUUGAACAACUCUUUUUUUUUUUUUUGCCACUGUGUUUAGCAUGCGUGUGGAUAUACCGGAGCUGAAAUGAAGGAAGAAAUAAAUAUUUAUAUAAUCUUGAAA